CUGGGAGGCGCCUGCCCUCUCAUUUACCCCCCGUUUCCUCCACACCUCUUUGUUUACACCUACAGGCCGAUCGAGCCCCGGCAGACGGAGGAGCAGCUCCGCAGACCCCCCUCUUCUCCCUGCGGAUCAACUAACAUGAGUGUGUUGCUGCUCGGCCUCGUUGUGCUCUGCGGAGCCUCUGACACGGUGGUUCCAGUCCAGAUGGGGCCGCAGUCUCUCGGCUUCAGUUCGUCGGUGCGCUCGGUGUGCAAACCCAUCCCCAGCACCCUGUCUCUGUGCCACGGGAUCGGCUACAGGCACAUGCGGGUCCCCAACCUGCUGGGCCACGACUCGCUGCGGGAGGCCCAGCAGCAGUCGGCGGCCUGGCUGCCGCUCGUCUCCAAGCUGUGCCACCGGGACACCAAGAAGUUCCUGUGCUCGCUGUUCGCCCCGGUGUGUCUGCCGGAGCUCGCCGGGCCCGUCAGCCCCUGCAGGGCCCUGUGCGAGGCCGUGCGCGACGGCUGCGUGCCCGUGAUGAGCGCGUUCGGGUUCCCGUGGCCCGAGAUGUUCAACUGCAGCCGGUUCCCGCGCGCGACCGAGCUGUGUAUCCCGGCAACCGGAGAUCGCGAGGGGCGGACCGAGGAGGAGGUGAAGCACGAGCAGACGCUGAAAGGGAGUGUUAUCUGUGAGGCCUGUAGUCUGGCUGCUGAAGGAGAGGCAGACAUCCAGGAGAACUUCUGCCACAGUCCAUAUGCAUUUAAGAUGCGUCUGGGCAGUGUGUCGACGGUGGGGGGGGACCGUCAGCUGGUGCCGACGGCCCGCAGCCGCAUCCUGAGGUGGGCAGGGGGAGGAGCGGAGAGGGCAGAAGGGAUCGGAGGCGCCAUGGCUCACAAUGCUUUGUGGUUGCAAGAAGGAGGCACCUGUACGUGUCCUGGUCUAGACUCUGCAGGCACCAACCAAGACCAGCAGGUGGAAGAGGAGCAAAUGGAUAAAGGACAAGCUAAAGUAGGGAAGGAGGGGAAUGGGCCCCCGAAUGGACUGUUCCUUGCCCUGUCUCAGGCUGAGGAGGGAAGGCUGGUGCUGACUCGACUGGUGAGGUGGACCAGAGGGGACAAGGAGUUGAAGAAGUUCAUCAGAGCUCUACUCAAGCAUCCCUGUCCUGAGGUGUAGGGUCAACGACUGCCGUCCGGCCAGUCCACAUUAUCUGUGGCCUACCUGACUGAAUCCACAUUAUCUCAACUACACACUGGGGAAAGUGAAAGGUUUCUUUCCUAUUUGUUACCAGAAAAACCCAACACCCGAUGAAAACACUAGAUCCAGAACAAACAUAACCUCCUUGGCGGAGACAAUAGUCUUUAAAAUGAAUCACAUAAGAACAGGUUUUUAGAAAACAUGUAAACAAAACACUGUUGAAAGUUCAUAAACAUUUGUAAAUGUGCAUACAGGCUACUUCCUUGAUGAAUUGUUCCUGAUUAACUUAAAAAGCCACAUAAUCAACUAGAAUGGCACUCGGUACGCCGCAAACCACCGCCAAGGCCUAUCAGACCAAUUCAAUUCGAAAUUGUGUCUAUUUUUUCUUGUAUUUUUGUGUAAAUUUGUGUAUAUAGAAGAGACUUAAUGGUUUUGAAACAAGUCAAAUCUCAACAUGUUUUCUAUUCAUCAUACACAAGGUGGAGCAGUGUAAUUGUUACUCCUGUAAUGAUAAUUGUUUUUCUUAUACUGUACUACCUAUACUAUCACAAAACUAUAAUUCUGUUAUACGCCAGUGUGUUUAUCAUUGACUGUUAUUGUAUAAUAUUGUUUCACAGCAGCAGAAAGACGAGAGGGCUGAAUAUACAGACAGGACAGGAAGUGUGUUUUGUACAAUAAAUCAUUUAAAUUUGGGUUUGGCGUCUAUUUUUGCAUUUUAUUGUAUUUAUUUUGACCUAAGACGAA